CCUCGCUCUCCGCUGGGAUUUAUGGAGGUGCUGAGGAGCAGCUGUGAGCCCCGCAGCCCCCAGCAGCCCGCCCUGUGAAGCAGCCCCGGGCCGCCUCUCCUCGUCUCGCCCAGCAUCCCGACCCUCCGACUCAACCAUUCAAGGCUCCCGUGCAUGGAUCGCCCCAGCGAGGCACCGCUGCCGGACGCCGCCGACGCCGCCCCGUAGGCUCCCGGCCCCCCGUGCCGCCCCCAAGUACUCCACAUACCCCGAUGGGGUAACGUGACGGGGGUCACCCUCCCGCCACCACCACCCCCCAUAUGCAGAGGCCUUUCUAGAGCGCCCGGGAGCGCGCGGCGCCGGAGGCGGCAGCCGCUCGCCGUCGCACACACGCAGAGGACGCCAACACUACAGCAAAGGGAUUUUUUUUUUAAUUAUUAUUAUCAUUAAUAUUAUUUUUUUUUCCCCCAUCUGGCUUUUCUUUCCCCCCCSRGGGGYUUGUGGUGUGUCAAGGAAGCCGGCRCACUCCCAGGAGUUGGGAUUAUUUGCACAACGUCUGUAUAUUGAGUUCUCGAUCCUGUUUCAUUUUUAUUUUUGAAGCGCAGAGGGGUUGUUGGGUUUUUGGUUGUUUUUUUUUUUUUUUAUUUUUCCCCCCCACACCACGCUUUUCUUGGGUUUUCCCCCAUCACUGUCAGCACCACCUCACUUUCCCACUGUCCCACCAUGGCCCGGAUGAACCGCCCUGCGCCCGUGGAGGUCUGCUACAAAAACAUGAGGUUCCUCAUCACCCACAACCCCACCAAUGCCACGCUCAAYACCUUCUUGGAGGACCUGAAGAAGUACGGUGCCACCACGGUCGUGCGAGUGUGCGAAGUGACCUAUGACAAGACCCCCCUGGAGAAGGACGGCAUCACUGUCAUGGAUUGGCCAUUUGAUGAUGGAGCUCCUCCUCCCAGCAAGAUUGUGGAAGAUUGGCUCAACCUGCUGAAGACCAAGUUCUGCGAGGAYCCCGGCUGCUGCGUGGCCGUGCACUGCGUGGCCGGCCUGGGGCGCGCUCCCGUCCUUGUGGCGCUGGCCUUGAUCGAGAGUGGGAUGAAGUACGAAGAUGCCAUCCAGUUCAUCCGACAGAAGCGCAGAGGAGCCAUCAACAGCAAGCAGCUGACGUACUUGGAAAAAUACCGACCAAAGCAGAGACUCCGAUUUAAGGACCCUCAUAACCACAAGAACAAAUGCUGCAUCAUGUAACCUCAAUGACCUCUUGCCAAAAUCCGUGCACAGACCCCGGGCACUCGCACACAUCCCACCCCUUCACCUCCUCGCCCCGCCCUGCACUCCCCAUGUGCUGCCCUCUGCCAGGGCCGGGCUGGGGGCGUGGAGCAUCUCCUGUGUGUUCCAGCACUCACAGCACACUCGUCUUGCUGGACCCCCCCAAAAAAAGCUGCUGUCUCCAGCUGCAGCCCCGAGGAGGGGAGGCAGCACUGCCCUUUGACUCUUGGUGUUAGCAGGCAAUGAGCUCCUGUGGCCGUUCUUCAUCACCAUCCUCCUCCUCCCUUCCCRUUGCACUGAGAGGGGUGGGCAAAGGGUGCUUGGUUUGGGGUGCUGCAGGCAGGGCUGUGCCUGCUGAGAAGGGAUGGGGUGCAGGAGGGCCAGAGCACCCCCAGAAAAACCUCUACCCACCUCUUCCCCAUAAAUAAGGGCUGCAGCAGCGGGGAUGGAGGUGGGGCUGGCACAGUGGCCUCGAGGGGGGACAGUGGUGACAGCAGGGAGAGGUGACAGGGGCUGUUAGCUCAGUGCUGGCCCUGUGACCACAGAAAGGGCUGAGCCAAGACCCCCAGCACCGUUCCCUUGCUCCUGGCCCCUCUGUCACCCCACCACGUCCCUGCUGCCUCGAUGCCAGCCAGGAUGCUCCGAUGGGGCUCGCUGGGGACUUGCUGCAGGGGAGGCAGARAAACCUCGGGGACCACGGCAGGGCUUUGAGAUACUCAGCUUUGCUGGGAUGCUGGAUCAGCACUGGGUCCCCCCCAAAGUCUGGGGUGCUCUUAUUUAUAGCUUCCAAAYGCAGUGCCCAGGGUGGUGGGUCCUCUGCUGCCGUGUCCCCAUCCCUGAGCUGUGGCACAAACCCCAGUUCUGGCUGCAGUGCSCUGGGGACACAGUGUGCCUCUCAAGGCACAUCCAUGUCCUCCACCACUGCGUUUGCUGGCUGAGGGGCUGGGCUGCAGCUUUSCCAGGGGAUUUUGGGUGUUCCUGGCAAGAGCACAUCACCCAAUUUUGCACCUGCCUUUUCCAUGUCUGUACCGAGGCGCCUGGCACACGCCCUGCUGGGGUGAGCUCAGAGCUGCCCCUGAGCUGGGACAUUUAAACAUCUCUCAACUUUCUGCCUUUGAACGCUUGCAGCAGCUGGAGCAGUGAGCACGUAGGGGGUGUGGGGGUGGGUUUUUUUCUUUUAACAAGGAUAAAAAGAAAUUUGCUAAUUAAAGGAAAAAAAAAACUUAAAAAAUACCCUGUUUGUCUUCCGCACAUCCUCUGGCCUUUCUUUCUCCCAUCACUGYCCAGUAGAGCCCGGGAGGUGACCCACGGUCCCCCAAAGUGACCCCCAGCACUGGGUCACAGCUGGCUGCCCUCUGCUGUCACCAGGACAUAGGUGUGGCCCAGGGGAUGCUCCAGGUGGCCUUUGGGCUCACUGCUGCUCAGAGGAUCACCAGAGAUGGUGGGACAAGGAGAGCUGGUCAUCCGCCUCUUGGGGUAGAGGCUGCCCAGCUUGAGAUGCCUUCAGUGCCCUGUGUUGGUGUCUCCAAAGGUUUGUGUGCCUUCCUAAAUGUAGAUACCCAGAGACAUUCUUGUCAGGGGGUUCAUCCCUUGGGACAGGUGGUGAGGAAGGCUGGUUAGACACCCUCAGURCCUGCAGAAGGGUAGGGGACAGCUUUGUACCACCACAGGAGAUGUUUGGAGCUGUUUCCAGCACUAUUUCUGUUCCAAUAGGGCCCAACCCCACUGCAGGGCAGGAAUGGCCAUCCUUUGGGAUAAACUGGUGCUGGGACCUCUCCACUUGGAGCCCUGGAGUUGUCACACCACACACCCUGGGCCUGUCUGAGCCUCCACACUAUGGGACAGCCCUCAGUCCCUUGAGUUCCUCCUGCCCUGUCCCAGGCUGUUGGUUCCCGUGACUCAUGGAGAAGGCAGAAGUGRUCAGAGGGUCUGUGUUGGUGGGGAAUGGUGUGGAACUGGGCUGAUAAAAAGGCCUGACCCUAUAUUAGAGCACCCUGCUGGGUGGAUCACCAUCCCCUUCCUGCUUGGGUUUGUCCUCCUGCUGCUAAAAUAGGUGCUUCAUCCCCAGGGGCAGAGGAGGUGGCUCAGCAUUGUGGUGACAGCCACAGUCCCUCGUAGCCAGGAAACCUCUGAUCCCAUACCCUUCCUUGUGGGAACUGUUGCUUUAUAGGCUUGGAGAUGUUUCUGUCCUGGUGAGAUGAGUUUUCCUCAGCCAUGUUCACGGCGGCAUCACCUGGAACACUGCCCAGGAUGGUCCUGGGAUUCACCCACGACUCCUCUGAGCUGGAGUCAGGCUGGGGACUGAAGGGUUUGAAUUCAGCCUCCUUUGGCCACUCCUGAGUGAGAGUUCACUCAGCMCUCAGCUUGGAGAGCUGGUCUGGGGAGAGCAUGAGGGGGACAGGCUUUGCUUUAUGUAGCAUCAACCCAACCACCUUAACAAUAGGGAGCUUCUGGUGUAAAAGCAGUCCUUGAGCUGGCCAUGUGGCCAGAUCCUCUGGCUGGCAGAGUGGCAUCUUGAUCCUCCUCAGUUUGAGUCACUGCAAAAAAAAAAAAACCAAA